AUGAUAUAUGCUAGCUGGGCAGUUAAUGUCUCUGAGAUGUUUGAGGAUAAUAGGCCACCAGGUGCUGUCAAAGGCCUUAGAAAUAUCCAAGCUGAUUCCCACAAAAUACUUGAAUUUAUGAAGUCAAAGGAGUUAACUAUUAAUGAAACUGUCUUUAAUUUCCUUGUAAUGGGAUAUGUAAAAUCAGGUAAUAUGGAAAAUGCAAAAGGAAUUUUAGAUAUUAUGAAAAAUGCUCAACUUGAACCAACUGCAGACACUUACACAGCAUUAGCAUGUGGAUAUGCAAAAAAUGGUGAUAUUAAAGGAAUCAAUGACAUUCUAAUGGAUGCCCAAUGUUAUGAUGUGUUUCUCAUGGAUAAAAAUUAUUUGCAAAUUAUAACUGCACUUGCAGUGAAUGGACAUUCAGAACAUAUUGAUGAGAUUCUGGUAAAAAUUAAAAAAGUUGCUGGAUAUAAUCAAGAUUGUAUUAAUACUAUAUUGGAAUUAGUAAAUAAAGAAUUAGAAGAUGUUGGUUACAAACUUCUUUUUAGCAUGUCUCAACCAGUAGUAUCUCCUGACUCCAAAUCUCAAAUUGGACAGUUUUUUAUAAGACAGCUUGUUCGGGCUGAAAGGCCUGUUCAUAAAAUAAUUGAAUUCUGUCAAGAUAUGAAAAAUAAAGGGCUAAAUGAAACUGGAUUAUUGAAAGCAACCGUCACUGCAUUAUAUUUUCAAAAAAUUGAAUUAGUAAAAAGUACUAGUAAAAUAAGUUUGUCUUAUAUUACAACAGUAUCUCAGUACUUUGAACAUCUAACUAUUCUAAAGACAUCUUGUAAUGCAGCUUCAGAUGUCUGCUUGCAUACACUUAAAAGAAAAAAUGAUGAAAAUGAAAUAUACAAAACUUUGAAAGUGAUGGAAGAUUUAGAAUGUCCUCCAAAUUAUGAAACAUAUUUAGACUAUGUAUUUCCAGCAAUAAAUACAUCAGAUGAAAAUUAUGUUAUUGAAAAAUUAAAGGAAGUUUCUAAUCAAUCAGUUGGUACAUUUGUGAAUCCAUUAAUUAAUUAUUAUUUAAAUAAAACUGAUAUUGAGAAAGCAAAAAAUUUAGUGGAGAAAUAUCCUAUUAGAUUAAGUGCUUCUCUUAUUCGCUCUCUUCCAAUUGCAUUUAAAAAUUUGGGAGAUGCAAGAGCAACUGUAGAGAUUUUGAAAACACUUAUUCAUCAUCCAGAAUACAGUACAGACCAACCUAUUAAGAGCGAUUUAGCUGGCCAGUUUUUAUUGAAUUAUUUACUUGUUAGUCGAAAUAAUGUGUCUGGAGUUGAAGCUUUAUUACAAGAACUGGAUAAAAUGGAUUUGAAAAUUUCAAAUAAUACAGCUGAUAUUAUACUUGGAAAAUUAAAAAAUGAGUUAUCAGAACAGGCUACUAUGCUUCUUGAGAAAAUUGCAACUGAUUCUUUUAUUGAGGAAUAUGAUGACCACACAAUUCUUCCACAUCCAAGAACAAUGGAUGUAGAAGAGUUAGAAAACCAUCUAAUUGAAUUAAAGAGUAAAGGUUUGAAUACAAGAGGUGUUCUCAGACGUCUGUUGAUGCUACACUGCCGUAUGAAGAAUUUAGAGAGAGUAAUUGAACUUAAGAAAGAAUUUGAUGAUCAAAAUAGCUUUUAUACUGGCUCCAUAUAUGCCCAGUUAAUAGAAUUGUUUGUGUAUCAUAAGAAACUAGAUGAAGCACUUCACUACAAAACCCUCCUAGAGAAGAUAGAACCUGAUUUUCCUUUAGAUGAUCACAAAGUGUUAAAUCUUGCUAAUUUGUUGAUCAAAAAUGAUAAAAUAGAUGAUGCCUUACAGAUUUUAGAUGAGCAUUACAAAAAGUUUGGUUCAAACAGAAGAACUGAAGAUGGUUUAGAAAGAAAUGUCACUCGUCUUCUUACAACUAUUGCCAACAAAGGAGAUGUGGAUCUUACAAGGAAGAUGUUCGAUUUGUUAGUUACCAAAUAUAAUUAUGCUGUUGUAAGCAAUAUUGUUCUUGGUCCUUUGGUUAAAGUACAUCUUGUUAAUGAUAACUUGAAUGGGGCUUUUGAGGAAUUUAAAAGAUGUGCUGAGAAAUAUAAACAUACACCUUUCAAGAAUGAAAUCUGUAAAAAGUUGAUUGACUUAGAAGAUUCUGAAAAAUUGCAGACAGUGGUGGAUCUAAAUACUUCCAUACAUGGAGAAUUGAAUACACUGUUUGACCUUAUAUGCAUUUUUAUUGAAGCGGGAAGGAUUCAACAGGCUCGUAAGAUUGUUGAAACACCAGGUAUAAGAGCACAUCAUAAGAAGAUAAAGUCAAUUUGUGAAAGAUUUGUGCAACUUGAUAUGGUUAAUGAACUAGAACAAUUUAUUAAACUGACUAAAGAUAUCUUUGAUAUCAACAGAGAUAAUAUGUAUUAUUAUUUAAUUCGUGCUUAUGCAAAAGAAAAUAAUGUACAAAAAGCCUUGGGUGUUUGGACAGCAAUGCAAGAAGAAGAUAUACAACCUAGUGUUCAGACACUGUCAUUUUUAGGAGAAUAUUUAAAGAAAAAUAAUGAACCCAUUCCAUUUGCAAUACCUACAAAUGUCAGCAGUGGUGACGAGACAAAUGCAUUACUUGAGAGUAUUCAGGCAGAAGAUGCUGAUCAAGCAUUGGAAAUUAAAAGAAAGUAA